AUGUAUGGCCUGAUGGAAGCCCCUUCCACCCCCGCGUCAGUCCAGUUUCGUCAACAGGGUCACGACCUCCAACAUGUUUCCUGCCAUCAGAGUCGUUCCGGUCCUGAUUACGGGGUGCUGGAAGAGGGUUUCCAAACCGUGCCCGCAGAUCGUUGCCCCCUCAACAGCACAAAAUCUAUUGGAGGAGGAGUGCUUAUUGCUGUUAAUCAUCGAUUCAAGGCAGUAUUAAUCGAGAAUAAGUCUUGGGCGAGUAUUGAACAAGUUUGGAUUCGACUGAAGCUUUCUGGUAACUCGCUUUUUCUAUGCUCCAUCUACAUCCCACCUGACAGAACACGUGACGCAACGCUUAUCAACACCCAUUGUAAUUCGAUAAAUACGAUCUGUGAGCAAUCUCUUCCCAAUGACGAGGUAGUUGUGUUUGGAGAUUUUAAUUUUUCCGGUGUGAAGUGGCGCUCUAGUCCGGAUGGUUUUCUAUUUUCUGAUCCAAUGGUGUCGUCUUUUCACGACGGGAUCAAUAACUUGCUUGACUGCUAUAGCUCUAAUCUGUUACGGCAGAUCAAUCACAUAAAUAACGAGAAUGGCAGAAUUUUGGAUCUAUGUUUCGUCAGCAAUGUUGACUGCGCACCGGGGAUAAACAUUGCUGCAUCUCCCCUAGUAAAAACCGUGACGCACCAUCCCGCACUACAUCUUACGACCAGGACUACUCUUUCGGAUUUUUGCUGCACGGUUGAUACUGUCUGCUAUGAUUUUAAUAAAGCGGACUAUGAUAGUAUCCUCAACAUUCUGUUGAAUAUCAAUUGGAAGGAGGAACUUGACAACGACAAUAUCGACACAGCAGUUCAAGUAUUUUCGAACAUCAUGAGCUAUGUUAUCGAUCGCCACGUACCCAAGCGAGUUGUACCUAAAUCUAAACGUCUACCUUGGCAGACUAGUGAAUUGCAGCGCCUAAAACGCUUAAAGCGAGCAGCUUUGAGAAGAUACUCUAAGUUUGGAGGAUUAUCGCUGCGCGACGAGUACUUAAAGGUUAACUACACCUACAAACGGAUGAGCCGAGAAUGUCAUUCCAACCAUCUACGCAGCGUACAGAGUAAACUGAAAUCGGAUCCAAAGGGUCUUUGGAAAUAUGUCAACGAGCAGCGUAAAGAGCGGGGACUACCUUCAACGAUGUUUUACGAUGAACGUACGGAAUCGGACUUCCAGAACAUAUGUGACCUAUUUGCUCAAAAAUUUUCCAGCGUUUUCUGCAAUGAAUCACUAUCGUUGAGUGAAGUAUCUUCCGCCGCAAGCAACGUAUCGCUGUAUGGACAGUCUUUGAAUGAUUUCGACAUCGACGUUUCGAUGAUCCAGUCGGCACUAUCUAAACUGAAGCCUUCUUCCUCGGCCGGCCCUGACAGCAUACCCGCCGUUCUACUAAAGCGAUGUGCUACUGGCGUAUUAAUCCCGCUUCGUCAUUUAUUCCGCCUUUCACUCUCGACUGGUAACUUUCCAUCUUUAUGGAAGUUCGCGUUCAUGUUUCCGGUUCACAAGAAAGGGGACAAGAGGAACAUCGACAAUUACCGGGGCAUCUCCGCUCUGUGUGCAGUCUCGAAACUAUUUGAGUUGAUCGUGAUGGAGCCGAUUUUCAACUACUGUAAGCCUCUCAUCUCUGACACGCAACAUGGAUUUAUGCCGAAGCGCUCAACGACGACAAAUCUUUUAACGUUCACUUCAUAUGCAAUGGAUGUUAUGUCGAAAGGGUUUCAAACAGACGCUGUAUACACUGAUUUGUCAGCAGCCUUCGAUAAAAUCAACCGCGACAUCGCUAUUGCAAAACUUGACCGAAUGGGUUUUGGAGGCAAUAUUUUACGUUGGCUUCAGUCAUAUCUUGCGGACCGCCGCAUCGCUGUUAAAAUCGGAGACAACCGAUCGAAAAAAUUUCAUGCUGCUUCCGGAAUUCCACAAGGAAAAAGCGGCCUAUAA